UCUACGCGUAUAGAUACGAAGAUUUUUGUAAACUUUAAUGUUCUUACUUUUCACUUUCGAUAAAUAUACUGUAAAAUAAGUGUUUAUUGACUAACUCUAAGUUUACUCCAUUUGUUAGGGUUUCAAAUAAAAUAAAGGCGAAUAUGAUAGCGAACUAUGUUAAGUAAGCGUAUGAAGUUGUUUACAUGAAGUAUGUUGUUAGGUCAACUUGUGAGCUAGGAAUUUGUGACAAAACGUUAAAAGUUUCAAUGUGAUAAGUACACACCAUGAGAUAAAAUGAGGAUAACACAACAGCUGUUACGAUCCCGAGCAGCAGCUCCUCUGCAGGUUGUUGAGUUUCUAGACCUCUCAAACCUGGGUAUAGUUUCCAUAGAGAAGCUGAACAGCUGCCCUAAGCUUCAGGCUCUAAACCUGCGUGGAAACUCCAUUGUAGAAGCGUCCAACCUUGAUCUGAUACGCAAUCUCUGGAGACUUGACCUAAGCAAUAAUGAGAUUUGUGAUCUGGACUGCUUGGCGAAGUUUGUUACCAUGGGAACACUCAAUCUUGCAAACAACAACAUCGGUUGGCAGGAGGUCGGGAAGUUAAGACACAUGCACAUCCUGGAGCUCAGUCUCCAUGGCAACAAACAACUUGAGAAAGACCCUUACUACCGCAUACAUCUGAUAGAUUGUCUCCCGUACGUCUGGAUGCUGGAUGGACGCAUGAUCACAUCUGCAGAGAGGCUUCAGGUGAAACACUUCUUCGCUGACAGUGCCCUUACAGACCACCCUAUAAGGCGUAAACUUUCAAAAGAAUGGUUUGUCCCGUCAUCUUUAAAGAGGAUUGACGUCACCGGGGUGUAUGGGGAAAAGGCCACCCACAUGAUGAUACGGUUUCCAGCUAAUGGGCCCAGCAAUAUUGACUCAGACAGACGGAGAUUGAAAUACCUUGCCCAAAAUGCCGAAGAAGACCUCGUCCUGGAGAAAAAAUACUCAAAAAGGGAUUUCCAGGUGCUAAAGUACCGGCGAACGUUCAUACAGGAUAUUCUCGAUGCUCGGGCUAGUGACCGAGAGAGGUGCAACAUGCUUAUGCUGCUUCUAGUUGCCACAUUAGAAUUUGUCAUGCCAACACAUUUAGUCAAAGAAACUUUAGAAGUGGCCAAACUUAGCAAAGUAGGAAAAUUGUAUACAAUGGACCUUUUCCUGUUACCAAAAGACAUCCGAUGUAGAAUCGUGUGUAUUCUACUUGGCGCAAUCAAAAUCGACAAAGAUCUGAAAGAGGAUGGAGGACUGUAUGACAAGUUGUACCUGUGUUUGUUCUACACUGUUGCUGAGCUCUCGAAACUGUCGAACUCCAUCCCCGGAAGGAACAAUGCACCAAAGAUGAAAAUCUCUCAACUUUACCGAGACUACAAGUGUUUACUAGCGUCGGAGAUUGUUCAGUUGCUGUGUAUUGUUCCAGCAUUCUUUGAGUAUAUCGACAGGGAUGUCGACCUCCCAGGUGCCAAUGGCGUGAUGAAUCUUCUGGUGACUGCAACAGGGGACACGAUGAUCACAGACAAAGUGGCAAAACUCACAAGCAACAUUCACAAGGCUGGGGGUGACACAAAGAAGCUAUACGAGGAGUUGUCAGAUUUUCUCCUACAGAAGGUGCAGGAGCUGUCACUUAACUUGAACAACAAGACGCACAACCUUACACAUGAGGAUCAAUUGAUUAACAACACUAAGUCAAAACCAAUGAAAAGUACCCGUUCUCCCCUGGACGCAGCUGAUUAUCACAUGAAGGGGAUUUCAAGCCCAAACCUUGACCCUCCGUCCGUGCUGAGUGCUCGCAGGCAGUCGGAACGUGAAAGAAAACACUUCCCAAGACUGGGCGACUAUUUGCUGCUUGGUCCACAGACUCUGGGCAAAGUAAUAGGCCUCCCCCAGCCAUUUGUGGCCCAUGUGGCAAUGGACUCCAUACCUGUUGCGAAUGGUGCGAUGGAGAGCAAGUUACGUGAGAGUGAGGACCACUACACGUACGUCAAUAUGGACCAGCUUGAUUUUGACAUUGACCUUGGCUUCUGGAAACCCAAGGGAUCCAUUGGCGACAGCAUGUUACGAGAGUUUCUGGCGUUUAGUAAUGGCGCAUCGAGCAAGCUGCGAACCAGCCCCUUUAUACAACCGCUCACCAAGGGGUUGCUGUUCUCAUCAACAGUUCCCUUUAUGGACCCUAAACAUUACAUUUUCCAUUGCAAAUGGUUCACCAUUCACACAAUUGAGGACCUACGCAAAGAGCUUAAUCGUCGUGCCAACCUGGUUGGUGACCAGAUGCCUCGCCCUAACUCGCCUGAGGAAUCUUUACGCCCAUACUCUGCUAGUCCCCGCCCCGGGGGUCGUGACACGGCCACACCCCUUCUCUUCUCACCCGGAAUGCAGUCGGUUUUGGAGGAGAACGGUCACAGGAGAAAUAAUUUGAGCCAGGUUGAGUACACGCCACGUCCCAUGACCUCUGUACUGAAAGAGAAACUGGACCUGAAACUGGACUUCAGUGCCCGACGCGUCCAGUCCGCAGGUCCGUCUGAGCAUCUGUCCCUGACCACCAGCAGUCCGCGAAACACACCAGAACCUCCGGUAACGGAUGAAGUGAUAGAGUCCAAGCCAGAUUGUGUCCACUGCGCUAUGGCCGUGGCCCAACAGUUAACUGACCAACAUACUGACCACCAGCAUUUAACUGACCACACACAUCAGAAUGGACAUCAGCAGCACCAAACAGAACAAGAACAGCAGCAGCAACACCAACAGCAGCAAAAUCAAGGAGACAAUAACCAGGCAAAUGUUGAAAGCUCUCCUAUGACCCAGACUCAUGCAGAGGAUGCUCAGGGUCAGCCAGACGCUCAUCAGACACCUGAAGGGGAACCGAUACAUCCUUCUAAUGAAGGCGAGAGCAAUAAAGAAAAUGAGCAGCCGGCAGACAACACAAACACAUCAAAAUCCCCAAAAGACGUUGACCAAGUUAAUGGCGAGGUACAUCACUCCCCCACAGUUCCACAUGAAAGUAGCCAAACAGUGGAUGAGGGCCUUGCACAUUCAGAUGAGGAGCCUGAGUUGCAGGGUCUUGUAACAUCGAGAACUGAGAGACCUGCAAGUGCUCCUGGGGUCAAGGUCGUAACUCCAGGGGUCAAGCUUGAUUUGAGCGGUGUUCCAAUAAGAAAGUCUAACUCAAGUCUGAGAAUAAAUAUUCCCCAGAUGGACCUACAUGAUGAAGAUGAGUCGAGUGCCAGAAAAGGGAGACCACCACCUAGAAUGAGGGGCAGACAAGUCUUUACAACAUCAAGAGCCCCCCUCAAAACUGGGAAGUUGAGUAUGCAGAACAAGAACAGACCAUACAGCGCAAUGGACGCGUAUCGUUACAUUAUGGAACAUCCCCGUAAGCCCAUAGGUAGCUCGGAGAACUUGUUUAACACCUCAUAUCAGGAACAGAGAACGGAGGCUUGGCGACAAUCUGCUGCUACUACUGCUUCUUCUAAUGCGCAUACACCACGACAGGGCACGCCUCCACCUCAGCGGCCCUCAUCGCCUGACCACAAAACGCGACCUAGUUCAGGAAUGGCAGUGACACGGGCUAAUGAUUGGAUGGCAGGGGGUCGAGACCUCUAUUGGGAGUCCAUACAGAAGCGACCCCGCUCGGGUCACAUCCCCGGCUGGAAAGAGGGACUGCCUGACAACAUGAGGAGACCGAAAUCAGCUGUUGCUGCUCGUACACUGAACAGGCAGACAAGGCGGUCCCACCCUGUCACUCCAUCAUCCCUGGCACAUGAGGCCAUGAUGCAAGGUGGCCGGUUCAACUCCCCUCGAUGGCCUCUCGAGUUGCCAACAAUGCUCGAGCUAUCAGACUACGCGCCCAUGCACCAGCAAAUGGGGCUCCCGCGACGUCUUGGUUCGGCCGGGGCUCCUGUAGACCAGCCCGUUCAAGAUUUGGUGUAUAGAAUACCCCCAAGUUCAUGUGAGCGCAGCCCCCGUUCUCAAAGCACGAUCAGCGGGGCUCAUCAGAACAUGACCAGCAUUUUUGAAGACGAUGAAUUCAACGUCGUCAAUACUGAAUACACUUUUCCGUUUGGGCUCUAACAUUAAUCGGAAAUUUCAAUGUUACAAAAUAUGUUGGUUUAAAUUUGAUGUUGUUAAAAAGGAAAAAAACAACUGAAAAAUAGUGUCAUAGAAUAUCAUCCUACAAUUGUAUGUUAGAUAGCUUUCAAAAAAAAUGUCAUGGCAUUUUCAUAGCCUUGAAGUUGUUGGCAUUGUGGAAAAACUUUAAACCUAUGCCAAAACUAAAGAAUUGUUUCAAAUAAUUAACAUGGUUGCUCAUGAAACAAUUGUUAUUAGUGACAAUACACAAAAUUAUAGCAAACCCCAUAAGGCGACUAUAAAUUAAUUGCUAGAUUUUCAUUCCCGCCCUCCCCUUAAAUUUUAUUGACUCAAAUUAAAAUGUUGAACUCAGGUAAUUGCGUAUCGGUCUGGUACAUUUUCACAUGUAAAAAAAGGAGAUUUGUUAGGAUCAUGUUCGUUGUUUGUCUAGAAGCACAUGCAUAUGGUCCUUUAUGCAAUGAGAAAGAGCAUGAACAGAUAGUCAAAGGUGUAACAGUCAUCUAAGAAAAAUAAAAAUAACAUCCCUGCCCCCAUUUAAAAAAAUAUUUUGGAUGAAAAUCUAGCGAUUAAUUUAUAUUGGCUUAAUGCUGGCUUUAAUAAUUAUCGAGAUAGACCUGUUACAGUGACUUACUCACAGAGUUUGAUUUGGUUACGGUUUUCUUUAAACAUUAUAGAAAUUGAGUUUUCUUACACUAAAAUCUUGUUCAUAUCUAUUUCCUUAAUGUUUUUUGUGUUUGAGUUUCCGGGUAUUGAGGACUAUAUUUGUAGUACUAUCAGUAUUAAUCUGUAUUGAGUGCUUAGUGCAAAAAUGAUUGUUACUCCUACUAUUUUGUAUGAAGUAACAAUGGUCUUGCCCUGAGCCCUCCUGUUAUACAUAUUGUAUAUAGGAUAUUGAAGAGACGUGCCUCGGUUGACAUCAACGUUCUCGGGUUAAUAUUUUAUGCUAUUACCCUCCAUAGGAUCUGUUAUUUAUUUUAUUACACCAAAAUGCAUCUACUAAUACGGAUUUUUAUCUAUAUUUUGUAAGCAACUAUUGAACCCAGGUGCUUGAGAAAGCAAGAAAUAUAUUUUAAAAUGAAAAUGAAGGUAGUAUUAAAAAUCAUCACAUGCAACAUUACAGCAUUACUUAUGAUGACUUUAUAAGGUAAUUUUAUGAAGGCAGUCACUCGGGGUAUGAUAAUAAACAUGCUUCAUUUAGGAAUAACUUAUAAUGACUAGGUUAUUUUAUAAAGACAGUCACGUUAUGUAUUAUAAUAACUUAUAUGUACAGACUAAUGCCGCAGCCAGGAGAAACAGGGCCUAUAGUGAAUUAAGUAUGUUAAAUUCACCCAUUUAUGCUUUUCUUUUCUGUUAAAAUGUUGAUUUCCAUAAUAAUAUCCAUGAUCUUCAAAAUGAGUGUACACAGCCAUUUUAUACUCAUUAAGGGGACAUUAUUUUGUUUUCAUUUUUGUACUUUUCAUGUGAUAGUUAUUAUUCAUUUUUAUUAAUGAAUUAUUUAGUAAAGCAUAAAUAAAAACUCAUUAGUGUUGGAGGGAAAGCCUCUAUGCUAGCGAGCGCACAUGGGGGAAUGGCAAAAUAAGUCAUUUUAUAGAAGUAUUAAAUGAAUUAAUGGCUUAAUGGAUUUUCAUCGGUUGUGUUGUUGUGAGGCUUUUAAAUUAUUGAAUUAGAAUCUAUCUGUUCCCUUAAAAUAAGUGAAUAAAAAAGAGCACAUUAUUAUUAUGAUUAUCAUCAGAAGUAACUUGUUUUUUAAAAAAAUAUUUAUUUUACAUGUACAUUGUAUAAUAAUUGCCAAUUCGCACUCCAAACAAAAAUAUUAAUUGUGCCAAAUUCAUUAUUAUCCCCCCUGACCAACAAAGCUUAAGGGGAGUAUUGGAGUCACCUAAGGUUGGUCAGUCUGUUGCAAUUUUUCUUGUCUGGAGCAUUACUUGAAAACUACUGAGCACCAUGAGUGGAAGUGCAAAUUACAAGAACCAUAACUUCGUUUCAGCUAAUUACAGAGUUAUAGCCCUUUGUUACUUUAUCUUGUCUGAAGCAUAACUUAAAAACUACUGAAUGGAGUCCAUGUAGAAUUUGGGGGUAUUUGUCACUCCUGUGACAGCGCUUGUUUAAGUCUUUCUUUAAAAUCAUUUUGAACUAUCAUAUUUUUAGCUCAUGUUAAGCAAUUUUAAAAUUCAUACCAGUGCAGACUAUUGCAUUUAUAUUUUUCGAUUUGAGAGGACAGGGGCGAUGACAAAACAAAAGGAAAGACUUUGGACACAUCUGUCUGUAAAUAUGUUCCUAACGAGUAGUUAAUUACAAUAUUCUCAGUGAAUAUAUAAAAGGUACUUUAUUACUCUUCAGUUAAUAAUGAGCAAAGUUCCUGCUCACUAUUACUUUGUUAUAUGUCGAUAUUUUUAGCUCAUCUGCUUUUUCAAAGUUUCCAAAGAAAAGAUGGUGUAUUGUGUAAGUGUUGUCAGCCUUUGAAUUUUUUGCCGUAGCGCAAAAUUUGUUCAAGAUUUUCAAAUGAAACUUUGUACACAUGACAAUAUGCUCAUGUACCGAAAUGCCUAUAGCUCGGAGUCUCUUUUUUGACUGAAAAUCAACAUAAGAGUGUUGGCAUAAAUUGCCUUGCAGCGAUUUUGUUAGAGCAUUUAAGUCUGUGACGAGUGCCUUUUUCAUAAGUUAAUGUCAGGAUUGCAAAUAUACAUGUUCGUCAAUUCAACACUUUCUUUGGUUUUAUAUAUUUGUGUACAUAUGAAUUGAAAUAAUAUAUAUUUGUCUGCAUAUAUUUAUUGCAAAUCUGUGAUAUAUUUUAAAGAGUUUAUUUUUAUUUAUCUCAGUGUCUCGGUUUAUUGUCGUGUUUCAAAAUUAACGUAUAAACUGUCUGGAAUCUGGUCAUUAAUAUAUUUGCAAACAUU